CUGCAGCCUUCGCUCGGCCUUCCGGAAAUGCCGCCCCUUCCGGGGCGGGCCAAAGGAAGCCGCUUCCGGGAGCCGUCCGGGCGCGCGGGCCGUUGCCACGACGACGGGGCUCCGGUUUGCCUCGCGGCGGCGGACUAUGACUCCAGCGGCGCGGCCGCUCCUGCUGCUCGUGUUCUGGGUGCUGGCGGCUCCGGCCCGGCCCGGCUCGGAGGGCGACGGCGGGUGGCAGCGGCGCGGGCCCGGGACGUCAGCGGCGGGGGCGGAGGAGCAGCGCUGCACCGUGGAGCGUCGGGCCGACCUCACCUACGCCGAGUUCAUCCAGCACUAUGCCUUCUCCAGACCCGUCAUCCUGCAGGGGCUCACGGACAACUCGAGGUUCCGGGCUCUGUGCUCCCGCGAAAGGCUGCUGGCCUCAUUUGGGGACAACGUAGUACGACUGAGUACUGCCAACACUUACUCCUACCAGAAAGUGGACAUACCCUUCCAGGAGUAUAUGGAACAGCUGCUGCACCCCCAGGACCCCAACUCCUUGGGCAAUGACACCCUGUACUUCUUUGGAGACAACAACUUCACUGAAUGGGCAUCACUCUUUCGGCACUACAGCCCUCCCACAUUUGGUCUGCUGGGUACCACCCCUGCUUAUAGCUUUGGGAUUGCAGGAGCUGGCUCCGGGGUGCCCUUCCACUGGCACGGGCCUGGGUUCUCAGAGGUGAUCUACGGCCGCAAGCGCUGGUUCCUGUAUCCCCCUGAGAAGACACCCAAGUUCCAUCCCAACAAGACCACACUGUCCUGGCUCCGGGACACGUACCCAACCCUGACGCCAUCGGCACGGCCCCUGGAAUGUACUAUCCAGGCUGGUGAGGUGCUAUAUUUCCCUGACCGAUGGUGGCACGCCACACUCAACCUCGACACCAGUGUCUUCAUCUCCACCUUCCUCAGCUAGCCAGAGCAGGCAGCUGGCAAGUCCCAUCGCACACCGGCACACAGCCCUAUGACUGCUCACA